CGAGACCGAGACGAGAUUCCUCCCGAUAAUUCACACAGAACCAGCUUCAGCGAGCUCGACGUGCUCGGUAGCGUCCCGGUGCCGUCAACUUCAGUGGAUGUGUGCAUGUAUGAUGGGUUUGGGCUGAACAGCGGCAUCACAAUAGCGGGAGGGGAUGGAGCUUUACUUGUGAACGGCGAGGCAUUUGCGUGGCGGCCGUGGGAGGUCAGCGGGGAGAAGAAGCUGGUCAACGAGAAGGGCCAGUUUGAGGUGCCAGCGGAGGCAUUUGGGCUGCUCGAUGUGCUCUGGCCACGACCCGGUAUUCCCCAGACAAGACAGCAUCUUACGAAGCUGGGGAUGAGGGUAGAGAUGCUGGACACGAGGAAUGCGGCGGCGCAGUUCAACUUGCUGGCGACGGAGCGAGGAGUGUCGGAUGUGGCGGCGGCUUUGAUACCCAUUGGCUGGGAGGAAGGAUCUGGC